CAUAACCAUAACCUAUGUAAUAAGUCUGUCUUGGUCUGUCUAAGUCGUUAACCGGUAAUUUAAAACUUUUUACACUGUCAUAUUGUUGUAAUUCUUAGUUUAGAUAUUUUGUUACUUCGAUCAACGUUGCUGCUUUUUCUGUUCGUCAAUUUUUGACCCGAAUCAUCGACUAAAAUGUCUCACCAAGGCCACAGUUGUGAAGGGGAUCAUGAUCAUGAUGACACACCAGAGAUGGGGAUUCAAUACAGUUUGUAUGAAAAAAUUGAUAUGGAUGCGGUUGAGUGUCUCAAUGAGCAGAUUGAUGGCUCUGGUAAAACUAUCUUCAAACCCUGGGAAGAGCGGCUGGAUGUAUCAAAGUUUGUUGAAAGUGAUGCUGACGCAGAGUUACUAUUUAAUAUACCGUUUACGGCAAACAUAAAAUUGAAAGGUGUUCUGGUCAUCGGUGGGGAAGGAGGCCAUCAACCCGCUCGUAUGAGACUAUUCAAAAACAGACCAAAUAUGACUUUUGAUGAUGUUGGCUGUGCUGCAGAUCAAGAAUUUGAUUUUCCUAAUGACAAUAAUGGAGUGCUAGAAUAUUCAACUAUGGUUGUCAAAUUUUCCUCUGUAACACACUUAUCAAUACAUUUUCCUUCCAAUUACGGAGCUGAUACUACUAAAAUAUACUACAUCGGCUUGCGUGGAGAAUACACAAAGGCACAUAACCAUGGAGUAACCAUCUGCAUGUAUGAAUCAAGACCUCAAGUCUCUGAUCAUAAAGUCAAGGAUGAAUCGCUCCUCUCCAGACAAGUCCAGUGAUCGGAGUGAAAAUUCUUCCUUUAAUCAUCAAAUGCUUUCUCAGUUAGAGUGAGUAUGUUUGCUGUUAGAUUUGUUGAAGUAACAGUUCGCCAAAAGCACAAUUUUCAUUCAUAAUGAAUGGCAAAUGUUGAAAGUAUGAUUCGCAUUUUUACUGCGCUCGUUGCAAUCUUAGCAUUUUAAAUGCUAGUGUUUUCUCAAUUUUUAAGGUCCAUGGAGAUGUUCUGAAGAUUUAAAUUGAUUAAAUCGCUCACUUAACUGUCUGUGUAUCUUCAGCCAAUCCUCUACCAAUUAAGUUAAAAGUACAAACAUAGAGGGUUGCCUCAGACUGUAAUAGGAUAGCAGUCUUACGGUGGGCCUCUAGAUAAGGUUUAAAUUAAAGCAAUAUGUAACUUGUUUUCUCUUUUCCCGAGAAAAACGAAGCUCAAAACGAGGAGUAUGAAAGUCAACUCCUAAACAAGAUAUCAAAGUUAUCAAUGAACAUUGGUCAAAUGGCAAAAAUACAAAUAACAUAAUUUGUAUAAUCUAACCUCCACCUGAGAUGUGUUAAAAACACUUGUUAUUAACAUGUCCAAGAGUUGAUUUAGAGUUUCUUGCUGUGUGAAUUCUUUUCCGUGUUAUAUUUUAAAGAGAAAAACAAGGGACAUUUUAUCUAGGUCUGACCUAGGCUAGUGGCUCAUUUUAAUGAGCAUUUUUCUGUUGAAGUAAGCAUCCUCCAUCAAGUAUAAGAGCCAUUGCAAUCAAUAUUUUUUAUAUUUUCCUUCGGUACUUUUCACAAAGUUAAUAUUUAAAUAAUGAUAGGAGUGUACUUAAUUUUUUCCCAAAUAAUUGUGAGAAAAUCAAGGACUCUGGCCUCAUUUUGUCCUGUAGUCAACUUUAUCAUCUUCUAUGGAUUUUUUUACUAUGAAAAUUUUGUCGAAUGUAAUCCAGCAACCAAGUAUGUUUUUCUCUCACUCUCUUUUUGUGAUUUUACUCAUUGUAUUUGGUUAUGUUACUUUCUUUUUAAAAAUAAACUAAACUUUUUCAGUAACUUAA